AUGGGUGUCGGCGGCAGGACGCUGGCCCCGCUCUGGGGCCUGGCCCUUGCCCUGGCCUGUGCCCAGCACACAGGCCAGGCCCAGGGCAGCUCUGUGGAACACGGCCACAAGUCCCCAGAACUUUAUGUCCCCCAGGAGCUUGGUGCACCCAAGGGGUCGUCCUGGGCGCUGGGCCUGACUUGGCCCCGGGCAAGAGCUCCAGGCAGAAUUCCGGGCCGAAGCACUUGCAGCCGCUUGGGACGGCCCGGAGGGAAGGCCGCCGGCCUGCGGGGCCUCAGCUCCAGCCCCAGCUGGGCGUGGUGCCGGCAGGCUUGGCGGGGGCAGCAGAGACCCCUGCGCGCAGGUGGUGUGACCCCGUGCCCUGUCCCCGCAGGCCACCCACUCCGCGGGAUGAGCUUCCUGCCCCCUUUGAGGACGGCCCCGGUGGUGCGAGCCCGGAACCCCGCGCACAACGGGCGCGUCUGCAGCACCUGGGGCAACUUCCACUACAAGACCUUCGACGGCGAUGUCUUCCGCUUCCCCGGCCUGUGCAACUACAUCCUGUCCGCGCACUGCGGCGCCACGUACGAGGACUUCAACGUGCAGCUGCGCCGCGGCCGGGAGUCCAAUGCCACCACGGUCACCGCAGUCACCAUGAAGCUCGACGGCAUGGUCAUCCAGCUGACCAAGAGCUCCAUCCUGGUUAACGGCCGCCCAACUCAGCCACCCUUCAGCCAGUCGGGGGUCCUCAUCGAGAUCAGCAACGGCUACCUGAAGGUGGACGCCAAGCUGGGCCUCGUCUUCAUGUGGAGCCCAGACGACAGCCUCCUGCUGGAGCUGGACCCUAAGUUCGCCAACCAGACCUGCGGGCUCUGCGGAGACUUCAAUGGUCAUCCCAUGUUCAACGAGUUCCUCUCCCAUGGUGUUAAGCUGACAGCCCUUGAGUACGGGAAUCUGCAGAAGAUGGACGGCCCCACGGAGCAGUGUCAGGACCCUGUCCCCGUGCCCACGACGGACUGCGGGCGUGGCACGGGCCCCUGCGAGGAAAUCCUGACUAGCCGGCUGUUCUCGGGCUGCCGAGCUCUGCUGGACGCCAGCAGCUACGUGCAGGCCUGCCGGCAAGACCUCUGCCUCUGCGAGCACACGGACCGCACUCGCUGCGUCUGUCCCACGCUCGCCGAGUACGCACGCCAGUGCGCCCACGCCGGGGGGCUGCCCCCAGACUGGAGGAGCCCCCACCUCUGCCCCCAGACCUGCCCGCCCAGCAUGCAGCACCGGGAGUGCGGCUCGCCCUGCGCCGACACCUGCUCCAACCCGGAGCACUCCCAGCUCUGCGAGGACCACUGUGUGGACGGCUGCUUCUGCCCCAAGGGGACGGUGCUCGACGACAUUGGCCAGACUGGCUGCAUUCCGGCGUCCCAGUGUCCUUGUGUGUACAAUGGGGCCACCUAUGCUCCGGGGACCAGCUACGCCACAGACUGCACAAACUGCACCUGUUCCAGAGGCCAGUGGAGUUGCCGGGAGCUGCCGUGCCCGGGCACCUGUGCGGUGCUGGGGGGCGCCCACGUCUCCACGUUUGACGAGAGGCAGUACACGGUGCAUGGGGACUGCAGCUACGUGCUGGCCAAGCUCUGUGACAGCAGCGUCUUCACUGUGCUGGGAGAGCUGCGGCGGUGUGGCCUGACGGACAGUGAGACGUGCCUGAAGAGCCUGAUGCUGAGCCUGGACGGGGGGAGCACGGUCAUCACAGUCAAGGCCAGCGGGGAGGUGUUUGUGAACCAGAUCUACACCCAGGUGCCCGUCUCGGCAGCGAAUGUCACGCUCUUCAGACCGUCCACCUUCUUCAUCGUCGCGCAAACCAAGCUGGGCCUGCAGCUCGGGAUCCAGCUGGAGCCUGUCACGCAGGUGUUUGUGAGGCUGGGGCCCGAGCUCCGCGGCCUCACCUGCGGCCUAUGCGGGAACUUCAACCAGAACCAGGCCGACGACUUCCGGACCCUCGGCGGCGUGGUGGAGGGCACGGCCGCCGCCUUUGCCAACACCUGGAAGACCCAGGCCGCCUGCCCCAACGUCAAGAACAGCUUCGAGGACCCCUGCUCCCUCAGCGUGGAGAACGCCCCCAGGAUGGGUGCCCUGAACGGGUGCCUGGUGCUGGCCUGGGUCCUGGCGGCCCUGCUUUUGGUGCAGGAGACAGAGACCCAGAGCAGCGUGGAGCCCAGCCAGCCAAGCAGACAGGCCGCAGAGCACAGCCGGAGGGCGGAUGUCGCUUGGAGCAUGACCGUCAUCCCGCCCAUCACUGUCUUGCCCACCAUGAGCUCUCUUCUGGGCGCUGACCCCAGAUGCUGGGUCCGGGGGAAGGGCGCUCAGGGCGGCGAGGCGGGCGAGCGGCUGCCCUCCUGGCUCCCCACUUCUCCAGACCCGGGGACGGCCACCCGCAGGUGGCUGGCAGGGCUGGUGGUGUCUGCUGGGGCCCCACACGCUCUCCCCGCAGCCCGGGACUCCGCGCACAACGGGCGCGUCUGCAGCACCUGGGGCGACUUCCACUACAAGACCUUCGACGGCGACGUCUUCCGCUUCCCCGGCCUGUGCAACUACGUCCUGUCAGCGCACUGCGGCGCCGCGUACGAGGACUUCAACGUGCAGCUGCGCCGCGGCCUGGCCGGCUCCAGGCCCACCAUCACCCACGUCGUCCUCAAGACCCAGGGGCUGGUGCUGGAGGCCUCCAACGGCUCCGUCCUCAUCAACGGGCGGCGAGAGGAGCUGCCCUACAGCCGUGCAGGCCUGUUGGUGGAGCAGAGCAGCGUCUACGUCAAGGUCACUGUCCGGCUGCUGCUGACCUUCAUGUGGAACAGAGAGGACAGUGCCCUGCUGGAGCUGGACCCCAAGUAUGCCAACCAGACAUGUGGUCUGUGCGGGGACUUCAACGGGCUCCCGGCUGUCAACGAGUUCUACUCCCAUAGUGCUAGGCUGACCCCUCUGCAGUUCGGGAACCUACAGAAGCUGGACGGGCCCACAGAGCAGUGUCAGGACCCCCCGUCUUCCCCGACCAGCAACUGCACAGACGUGGACGGCGUCUGCCGCCGCACCCUGCUCGGCCCGGCCUUUGCGGAGUGCCACAAGCUCGCGGACCCCACGGCAUAUGUGGCCGCCUGUACCCAGGACCUGUGCCGCUGCCUCACCUGCCCGUGUGCCACCUUCGCGGAGUACUCUCGCCAGUGUGCCCAUGCGGGGGGACAGCCCCAGGACUGGAGGGGCCCCGACCUCUGCCCCCAGACCUGCCCUCCCAGCAUGCAGCACCGGGAGUGCGGCUCGCCCUGCGCCGACACCUGCUCCAACCCCCAGCGCUCCCAGCUCUGCGAGGACCACUGCGUGGACGGCUGCUUCUGCCCCCCAGGCAGGUCCUGCACAGUGCUGGAUGAUGUUACGCACCGGGGCUGCCUGCCCCUGGAGCAGUGUCCCUGCACGCACGGGGGCCGCACCUACGCCCCGGGAGCCUCCUUCACCAGCAGCUGCAGCGCCUGCAACUGCUCCGGGGGGCUGUGGCAGUGCCAGGACCUUCCGUGCCCCGGCACCUGCUCUGUCCAGGGUGGGGCCCACAUCUCCACCUACGACCAGAGGCUCUAUGACGUGCACGGGGACUGCAGCUACGUCCUGUCCAAGACGUGUGCAGGGAACAGCUUCAGCGUGCUGGCCGAGCUGCGAAGGUGCGGCCUGACGGACAACGAGAACUGCCUCAGAUCGGUGGCGCUCAGCGUGAACGGCGGGGACACGGUCGUCCAGAUCCAGGCCAACGGCGGGGUGUUCGUGAACUCCAUCUACACCCAGCUGCCCGUGUCUGCAGGCAACGUCACGGUCUUCCGGCCCACGUCCUUCUUCGUCCUGGCGCACACGGGCCUCGGGCUGCAGCUGCGGGUCCAGCUAGUCCCGCUCAUGCAGGUGUUUCUCCAGCUGGACCCGUCCUACCACGGGCGGACGUGCGGCCUGUGCGGGAACUUCAACCAGAACCAGGCCGACGACUUCCGGACCCUCGGCGGCGUGGUGGAGGGCACGGCCGCCGCCUUUGCCAACACCUGGAAGACCCAGGCCUCCUGCCCCAACGUCAAGAACAGCUUCGAGGACCCCUGCUCCCUCAGCGUGGAGAACGAGAACUACGCCCAGCACUGGUGUUCCCUGCUCACCGACCCGGCCGGAGCCUUCUCCCGUUGCCACUCUGUCCUCAACCCCGCGCCCUUCCACUCGAGCUGCAUGUUCGACACGUGUAACUGCGAGAAGAGCGAAGACUGCCUGUGCGCCGCCCUGUCCUCCUACGUGUACGCCUGCGCGGCCAAGGGGGUGCUGCUCCGCGGCUGGAGGGACGGCGUGUGCACCAAGUAUGUGAGCAGCUGCCCCCAGUCCCAGAACUACAGCUACGUGGUGCAUGGCUGCCAGCCCACCUGCCGCGCUCGGAGCCAGGUCGACGUCACCUGCAGCGUCCCCUUCCUGCCUGUGGACGGCUGUGUCUGCCCCAACGGCACCUUCCUGGAUGACUCGGGCACCUGUGUGUCUGCCGACGCCUGUCCCUGCUACUUCCGUGGCUCCGUGUUGGCCCCAGGGGAGGUGGUGCAUGACGAUGGCGUGGUGUGCUCGUGUGUGGCGGGGAGGCUGAGCUGCCUGGGAGUGGCGGAGCAGCGGAACUCAGGGUGUGUGCCCCCCAUGGUGUACCUGGACUGUAGCAACGCCUCGGCUGGCACGCCUGGGGCCGAGUGUCUCAGGAGCUGUCACACGCUGGACGUGGACUGUUUCAGCACCCACUGCGUGUCCGGCUGCGUCUGCCCCCUAGGGCUGCUGUCAGAUGGCAGCGGGGGCUGUGUGGCCGAGGAGGACUGUCCCUGCCUGCACAACGAGGCUGUCUACAAGCCGGGGGACACCAUCCGGGUGGACUGUAACACCUGCACAUGCAGGAACCGCCGGUGGGUGUGCAGCCACGAGCCCUGUCUGGGCACCUGCGUGGCCUAUGGGGACGGUCACUUCAUCACCUUCGACGGGGAGCGCUACGGCUUCGAAGGGACCUGCGAGUACACACUGGUCCAGGACUACUGCGGGGGCAACGGCACGACCAACGGGACCUUCCGCAUCGUCACCGAGAACGUCCCCUGCGGGACCACGGGCGUCACCUGCUCUAAGGCUAUCAAGCUCUUCCUGGAGGUGAGGGGCCACCGGGAGCCCUGUCCUUCUCUCUGUCCUCCUGCUGGACGGCUCCUCAGUCCCUGCAGCCGCUGCUCCGUGCGUCCCCCGCAGAGCUACGAGCUGGUCCUGCAGGAUGGCGGCUACAGGGCGGUGCAGUGGGGGCCAGGCGGAGAGCCACCCUACAAGGUCCGGCACACGGGCAACUACCUCACCGUGGAGACCCGCGGCGGCCUCGUGCUGUCCUGGGACCGGAGGACCAGCGUGUUCGUGCGGCUGAAGCAGGACUACAAGGGCCGGGUCUGCGGGCUGUGCGGCAACUUCGACGACAACGCCGUCAACGACUUCACCACGCGGAGCCAGUCCGUGGUGGGCAGCGCCCUGGAGUUUGGCAACAGCUGGAAGUUCUCCCCGUCCUGCCCCGACGCCCCGGUCCCCAGGGACCCCUGCACCGCCAACCCGUACCGCAAGUCCUGGGCCCAGAAGCAGUGCAGCAUCAUCAACAGCGCAACCUUCGCCGCCUGCCACCCUCAGGUGGACCCUGCCAAGUACUACGAGGCCUGCGUGGGCGACGCGUGCGCCUGUGACUCGGGGGGCGACUGUGAAUGUUUCUGCACGGCUGUGGCCGCCUACGCGCAGGCCUGCCGCGACGUGGGCGUGUGCGUGUCCUGGCGCACCCCGGACACCUGCCCCCUGUUCUGCGACUACUACAACCCCGAGGGCCAGUGCGAGUGGCACUACCAGCCGUGCGGGGCGCCCUGCAUGAGGACGUGUCGGAACCCGGGUGGCCGCUGUCUGCACGACCUGCCGGGCCUGGAAGGCUGCUACCCGAGGUGCCCGCCCAGCGAGCCGUUCUUCAGCGAGGACCAGAUGAAGUGCGUGGCCCAGUGUGGCUGUUAUGACGAGGACGGGAACUACCACGACGUGGGUGCGAGGGUCCCCACGGCAGAGAACUGCCAGAGCUGUGAGUGCACUGCCGGCGGCCUCCAGUGCACACACAGCCUCGCAGCCUGCACCUGCGUCUACGAGGGCAGGACCUACCACUAUGAGGACGUCAUCUACAACACGACCGACGGGCUCGGCGCCUGCUUGUUGGCCAUCUGCGGACAAAAUGGAACCAUCCUCCGUCGGGCUGUGGAUUGUCCCGGAACCCCGUCCACAGUGCCCUUCACCUUCACCACCACCGUGGUCCCACUCUCCACGUCAGGCUCAGUCCCCACCGUCACCACCGUGUGUGUGCAAGAGUUCUGCCUCUGGUCCAACUGGUACGACAGCGGCGCCCCAGAGCCCGGCAUGGCGGGCGGAGACUUCGAGACAUUUGUGAACCUCAGGCAGAAGGGCUACGAGGUGUGCCUGGCCCCGGUGAGCAUUGAGUGCCGGGCACGGCAACUCCCCAACAUCCCGCUACUGCAGCUGGGCCAGAAGGUGGAGUGCAAUGUGGCCCGGGGGCUGACCUGCUUCAACAGCGAGCAGAGCCCCCCACUCUGCCAUGACUACGAGCUGCGGGUCCUCUGCUGCAGCUACCUGCCCUGUGGCUCCUCCCCCGGGGCCACGACCACGGCCCUUGGCACCACCACCUCCGCCGGGGCCACUACCACCUCCUCCGGGACCACGACCCCCCAAGCCACCACCUGGCAGCCACCGGCCAGGUCCACCCCUGCCACGGAGACCCCGCCGGCGGAGACCACCAUGACAGGGACCUGGGCAUCGAGCAGCCCCCCGGCCUUGGCCACCACCUCCUGCCAGCCCCGGUGUCAGUGGACAGAGUGGUUCGAUGAGGACUACCCCAAGUCUGAGGAGGCCGGGGGGGACGUCGAGUCGUACGACAAGAUCAGGAGCGCAGGAGGGGCCGUGUGCGAGCAGCCUGUGGACAUUGAGUGCCAGGCCGAGAACUUCCCCGGCAGGAGCGCCGAGGAGCUGGGCCAGCGCGUGCUUUGCGACGCUGGUUUUGGCCUGGUGUGCAGGAACGAAGAGCAGGUAGGCCUGUUCAAGAUGUGCUACAACUACAGAAUCCGCGUGCUGUGCUGCCACCAAGACCACUGCACAGGGCCCACUCCCGGGACACAGACACUGGCCACUGCGCAGACCACAGGCAGCCUCUCCAGGGGGACCCCACAAACACACACGACUCCCACAGUGACGGGAGUGGAGGCCACAACAGGCACUGUCCCCGCCGGCCCCCCAUCCAGCCCACGCACAGAGACGCGCACGACCACCGCAAGAAUGUCACCGGGAACCCUGGGAACGGCCACGAUGGUGGCCAACCCCAGCCAGAGCACGGCUGGCUGUCAGCCCCAGUGUGAGUGGACAGACUGGUUUGACGUGGACUUCCCAACCUCAGGAGUCGAGGGCGGGGACCUGGAAACCUUGGACAACAUCAGGGCCGCUGGGGGCACGCUGUGCGAGGAGCCCCAGAAGAUUGAAUGUCGUGCAGAGAACUACCCCGAGGUCAGCAUCGACCAGAUCGGACAGGUGCUCAGCUGUGACCUGCACACGGGCCUGGUCUGCAGGAACCAGGACCAGAAGGGGCCUUUCAGCAUGUGCUUCAACUACAACAUCCGUGUGCUCUGCUGCCGCCCGAACCCGCACUGCCCCAGCACCCCCGCCCCUGGGGGCUCCACAUCUCUGGGGCAAGAAACCACAACCAGAGCGUCCACCCAGACCCAUGCCUCCUCCCCUGGAGCCAGCCAGGAGGUCCCUGUCUCCACCACCCAGACCCUUCCUUCCCCUGCCAGGACCACAGAGAGGGUCUCCAGCCCUGGUCCCUCUGCCUCCCCGGGGACCCCGACCACCACCACCACCACCAAGCCCACCUCACCCCGUGCACCCACCACGGUCCCCGAGGUGACCUCCAGACCGUGGACCUCCCCCGGGUCCCCGCCCAGCACGGCCACCUUCGGGACCACGCUGCUCUCCACGCCCCCGCUGCCCAGCUCCACCACACACAGCCCGGCCACCUCGUCCUCCACGGGCUGCAGCCCACGGUGCACGUGGACAGACUGGUUCGACGAGGACUACCCCACGCCGGGCCUGGACGGCGGGGACUUCGAGACCUUCUCGGUUUUCCGCUCAGCGGGCCACGACUUCUGCCAGCACCCCCAGGACAUCCAGUGCCGCGCGGAGAUGGCGCCGCACGCGCGUCUGGAGGACCUGGGGCAGGUGGUUCGGUGCGGCCUGGAGGGUGGCCUGGUGUGCCACAACCAGGACCAGGCUGGCCCAUUCCACAUGUGCCUCAACUACCAGGUGCGCGUGCUCUGCUGCGAGGAUGAUGGCCGCUGCGCCAGCACCCUGGCCACCACUGCACCCAGCUCGCAGAGCACCGGCCUGGGUCCGACCCCCGUGCAGCCCACAAGCACCAUGGUCGCCAGUCCUCCGGCCCCCAGCACCAGCUGGACCACGGCCACCGCCACGUGCCUGCCCACCUGCCGCUGGACCGACUGGCUGGACAGUGACCAGCCCCGGCCUGGCCGCUACGGGGGCGACAUCGAGACUUACUACCACAUCCGGGAUGCGGGCGGUCAGGUUUGUGCGGAGCCCAAGGCCAUCGAGUGCCAGGCUGUGCUCUACCCAGAUGUGCCCUGGGGACAGCUGGGUCAGUAUGUGCGCUGUGACGUGAACUACGGCCUCAUCUGCAGGAAUAACUGGCAGACGGGGGGCCACAGCUGCCUCAACUACCACGUGCGGGUGCUGUGCUGUGACGGACCCGGCCGCUGUGCUACACAGCCCACCACAGAGCCGGGCGCCGCCAGCAGCUCCAGCACACGAAUAAGGUCAUCAGGGGUCACGGGGCUGCAGACCACGGCCACCCUCCCAUCUUCCUCCGAGACCACGCUGGGUAUCCUUCCUUCCUCUCCCAGGACCACCCAGACAACACUCUCUUCCCCUGGGACCACCCAUGGGGUCCCUGUCUCUACCACCAGCACCAGCAUAGGCCAAACGUCAUCGGGAGUCAUUAGGCUGGGGACCACGACCAUGCACCUCACCUCCCCUGAGACCACACAGAGAUACACUGUCCCCACUACCCAGACCCUUCCUUCCUCCCCCAGGACCACCCAGACAGGACCCUCUUCCCCUGGGACCACCCAAGGGGUUUCUGUCUCCACCACCCAGAGCCUUCCUUCCCCUGCCAGGACCACAGAGAGGGUCUCCAGCCCCAGUCCCUCUGCCUCCCCGGGGACCCCAACCACCACCACCACCACCAAGCCCACCUCACCCCGUGCACCCACCACGGUCCCCGAGGUGACCUCCAGACCGUGGACCUCCCCCGGGUCCCCGCCCAGCACGGCCACCUUCGGGACCACGCUGCUCUCCACGCCCCCGCUGCCCAGCUCCACCACACACAGCCCGGCCACCUCGUCCUCCACGGGCUGCAGCCCACGGUGCACGUGGACAGACUGGUUCGACGAGGACUACCCCAUCCCGGGCCUGGACGGCGGGGACUUCGAGACCUUCUCGGUUUUCCGCUCAGCGGGCCACGACUUCUGCCAGCGCCCCCAGGACAUCCAGUGCCGCGCGGAGAGGGCGCCGCACGCGCGUCUGGAGGACCUGGGGCAGGUGGUGCACUGCAACGUGAGCUUCGGGCUGGUGUGUCGCAACCGGGAGCAGCCGCGACCCCCGCGCUACUGUGACAAUUACCACGUGCGUGUGCUCUGCUGCGAGGACGACGGCCGCUGCGCCAGCCCCACCGCCCCUGAGCCCACCGCGCCGUCCCGGGGGACGCCUGUGCCCGAGGCCACCAGCUCUCCGCCCAGCAGCACCUUGGGCUUCUCCACGGCCGCCUCCAGGGCCUCGGCACCCCACACCUUGCAACCAGUGACAGUGAGCGCCUCGUCCCUGUCCGUCCUCACCACCCCACGGCCACCCGUGUCUCCCAGCGGCAGCCUCACCACCCGCUGCUUCUGCCGGGCGCUGGGGCAGCUCUUCUCCCCGGGGGACAUCGUCUACAACAAGACGGACAGCGCGGGCUGCUCCUUCUAUGCCGUCUGCAACCAGCACUGUGACAUUGACCGCUUCCAGGAUGCCUGCCCUACGUCCUUGCCCCCGGAGGCCUCCUCGACCCCAGCGGCCUCACCCUCCCAGCCUCAGGGCUGUGACCUCAUCACCCCUCCCCGACAGGUGAAUGAGUCCUGGACCCUGCCAGACUGCACGGUGGCUCGCUGUGAGGGCCACAACCAUGUGGUCCUGUUGGGGCGGAAGCCGGUGGCCAGCAUCCACUGCGUGAACGGACACCCACCGGUCAGAGUGUCGCAGGACAACGAGCCGUGUGAUUUCCACUUUGAGUGCGAGUGUGGCUGUUUGGGGUGGCGCUGGGUGACCCCAGGCUCCUGCAGCGGCUGGGGGGGCUCCCACUACACCACCUUCGACGGCACGUCCUACUCCUUCGCGGACAACUGCACCCACGUGCUCAUGAAGGAGAUCCGCCCACGCUACGGGAACCUCAGCAUCUCCAUGAACAGCUACUACUGCGGGGCCGCUGCCGCCCCCACCGCCUGCCCCCGCGCCCUCAGCGUCCACUACAAGUCCAUGGAGGUCAUCCUCACCACCCGCACCGGCGCCCGCGGGCAGGAGCAGAGCCUGAUCCUGUUCGACCAAACGCAAGUGGGCUCGGGCUCCAGCAAGGACGGCGUGAGCGUGUCGGUGACGGGUGCGACCACGAUGACCAUCGACAUCCCCGCGGCUGGUGUGACCGUCACCUUUGACGGGCAGGUCUUCCACAUCCAGCUGUCCUACAGCCGUUUCAGCCACAACACCGAGGGCCAGUGCGGCACCUGCACCAACAGCCGGACGGACGACUGCCGCCGGCCAGACGGCACCACGGCCGCCACCUGCCAAGACAUGGCCCACCACUGGCUGGUCCCCGAGAGCGGCCGCGAGGGCUGCUCGGCGCCUACCCGCCCGCCCCCGACAGCGGGAACCUCGCCCUCCGCGCCCACCACGCCCGCCUCGUCCCCAUGCCCCCCCGCGCCCCUCUGCGAGCUGCUGUGGAGCCCGCUCUUUGCGGAGUGCCGUGCCCUCAUCCCCCCGGACCCGUUCGUCAGCUCCUGCGACAGUGACGGCUGCCAGGCCGACGGCUCCCGAGCGCCUUGCCGGAGCCUGGAGGCCUACGCGGCGCUCUGCCGUGCCCGGGGCGUGUGCAGCGACUGGCGGAAUGCCACCAACGGGCUGUGCGACUUCACCUGCCCGCCCGACAAGGUGUACCAGCCGUGUGGCCCCACACAGCCUGCAUCCUGCGACUCCAGGAGCCAGAGCGGAGCGGGCAAGGGGCUGGCGGAAGGCUGCUUCUGCCCCGAUGGGCUCACCCUCUUCAACACGCACACGGACGUCUGCGUACACACCUGCGCCUGUGUGGGACCAGAUGGGUUUCCCAAAUCCCCUGGGGAGCGGUGGGUCAGCAACUGCCAGGCCUGCCUGUGCCACGAGGGCUCCAUGUCAGUGCAGUGCACCCCCGUGCCAUGCGAGCCCCAGGAGCAGCCCCCGCAGUGCGGACGGGCUGGCUUCGUGACCGAGACCAGGCCUCUGGCCAACAACUCCUGCUGUCUGGAGACACUGUGCGUCUGCAACACAACCACGUGUCCCCAGAGCCCACCCAGAUGCAGGCCAGGAGAGGAGCUGACUCGCGCCCAGGAGGAGGGUGAUUGCUGCCCCACCUUCACCUGCCGACCUCUGCUGUGUUACUACAACCAAACCGCCUUUGGGAUUGGGGCAACCUUCCCAUCGCUUACUCCCUGCCACACGUGCACCUGCCUGUCUGGGGACACCCAGGGCCCAAUCGUGCAGUGUGAGGAGGACACCUGUAACACUACCUGCCCCCAGGGCUCCGAGUACCGGAAGGUGGACGGAGGGUGCUGUGGGGAGUGUGUGCAGACAGCCUGUCCCACGGAGGACGGCCAGCUGGUCCAGCCCAACGAGACCUGGGUCAACAGCCCGGUGGACAACUGCACCGAGUACCGCUGCGAGGUCAGGAACGGGCUCCACCUGCUCAUCGGGAGGGCCACGCCCUGCGCCAACGUGUCCAGCUGCCAGGGCAUCCUCAGGAAAACGGGCUGCUGCUUCUCCUGUGAGGAAGUGGACAAGUGCCAGGUCCACAUCAACAGGACCAUCCUGACCCACCAGGGCUGUGCCACCCAGGCCCCGGUCAACAUCACGUUCUGCGGGGGUACAUGCCCCGGACUGUCCAAGUACUCCGUGGAGGCCCAGGCGAUGGACCGCCAGUGCACCUGCUGUCAGGAGACGGGGGUUCACGAGGAAGUGGUGACCCUGCGGUGUCCCGACGGGACAGCCGUCCGCCGCACCUACACCCACGUGGACGAGUGCAGUUGUGCCCCGGCCUGUGUCCACUCACCCGAGGUGCCCGAGGACAGCACCCCGAUCCUCCUGACCUAG